AUGUCUAUAAUUCUACAUUUUUUCCAGGUCUACAUCAGAGAAGAAUGUAGAAUCGUAGACAUCUACAUUAAAUCUACAUGUAGACAGAUUCUACAUAUGUCUACAAUUCUACAUUUUUUCCAGGUCUACAUCAGAGAAGAAUGUAGAAUUAUAGACAUCUCCAUCGAAUCUUUAUAUAGACAGAAUCUUUAUGUAGAAAUAAUCUUUGUGUAG